CAAAUGUCAGUUCAGUUGGAUUGUGAGCCGGUUUGUACUUGUCGGCCGUUGAAAAUUUUCUUGAAUUGAAAGUUUAUGAUACUUUGGAUAUUGAUAUUUAUGUUAAACUAUACCAAUUGCAAAUAAAAUUAGUGUCUCACAAUGACUGACUUACCCUACCAAGCGGAAUAUGCGAAAACCGGACGAGCAGCGUGUAAAGGAUGUAAACAAAAGAUUGAUCAAGGCACCGUGCGUCUUGCCAUCAUGGUUCAGUCAGCAUUUUUUGAUGGCAAGCAACCAAAUUGGCAUCAUGAGGAGUGUUUCUUUAAGAAGCAAAGACCCACAUCUGUAGCAGAUAUUGGCAACUUUAAUAAACUCAAGAGUAGUGAUCAGAAGAGAAUCAAAUCUAUCAUGGAGAAUUCUACUGGUAUAGUUAUGCCUACUGAAACUAAAGGGAAAGGAAAAUCUAAAAAAAGAACAGUUGAUGAAUCUACCACAUUAGCUCUUAAAGAUUUCAAAAUAGAGUAUUCUAAGAGUAGCAGGGCUACUUGCAAACACUGUGAAAUUAAAAUAUGUAAGGAUGAAGUUCGUGUUGCUAAAAUUGUGUAUGAUACUGAAGUGGGUGCCAAGUAUGGUGGGCAGCCAUUGUGGCACCAUGUCAAGUGUUUUGCAGAAGAGAGGAACGCCCUUCUCUACUUUGCGGGUGGGGAGAGCUUACCUGGUUUUAAAGACCUUUCAAAGGAGGACCAGGCUAUGGUGAAAAAAGAGAUUAAACCACUAAAAAGUGAUGAAGUUCCUGUUAAAAAAUUAAAAGAAGAACCGAAGAGUGAAGAAGAAUUAAAAGAAGAAAAGGCAAAAGAAAAGCAAAUUGAAAAGCAAAAUAAAUUGUUCCAUAAAUACCGAAGUGCUCUGAGUGACCUAACAAAACAAGAUUUGGAGGAGUUACUUGAAGCAAACUCGCAAGAAAUACUUACUGGGAAGGAUGAGUGUCUAGAUCAUCUUGCUGACUGCAUGGCGUUUGGAGCACUGCUACCUUGCGUGGAGUGCAAACAGGGUCAAUUGGUCCUAGACACAUAUGGUUACAAAUGCAGAGGUAACAUCACUGAAUGGACGAAAUGUUCAUACGUAACUCAGGAUCCAAAGAGGAUCCCCAUGAUAGUUCCAAAAGAGUUCGCCAGUGGCAGUAUCUUCAAGAAAUACAAGCCUAAAACAGAUAUCAGACUUUUUGAAACUGCAAUAAGACCUCAGAUUAUAGUUAAAGAAGAAGCUGUUGUUGCGGUGAAAAAAGACAUUCCAAUUCCACCAUUAAAGAACCUACAAUUCUUUUUGUAUGGAAAAUUAAAGGAUAAGGAAGAAACUAAGAAACGUAUCUUGAAAUUAGGCGGGCUUGUCGUCAGUAAGCUCACGGAUACUACUGUAGCUGUGGUAUCCACCAAGAAAGAAGUAGAAAAGAUGCCCGAUAAAAUGGAAGAAAUAAAAUCUAAAGACAUUGAGGUUGUCGAAGAAUCAUAUCUUGAUUUGAUUGAGCCAAAUGGCACUGUUUCUAAAUCAUUGGAACUGAUCAAAGAGAAUAAUAUCGCUGAAUGGGGAUCUGACCCAGCUUCAAGACUACCUCAAGAUGUUUUAGAUGGAAAGUCUAUUCCUAAAUCAGGAAGCAUGUACGUUAAAUCGUCUAAGUCAGCUGUCAAGUUGAAGAUUCAGGGUGGUACAGCGGUGGAUCCAGCAUCUAAGUUAGAAGACGAAGCUCAUGUCUAUCAGGACCAUCAAGGCACCAAAUACACCGUGGUUUUGUCCCAGACUGACGUUGUGGCGCAAAAGAACUCUUAUUACAAGUUGCAAGUAUUGGAAUCUGACAAUAAAAAAAAGUACUGGUUAUUCCGUUCCUGGGGUCGCAUCGGCACGACCAUCGGUGGUAGUAAAGUAGAGAGCUUCAGAUCAGCUACAGAAGCAGUGCUCAAGUUUGAAGAACACUAUACAGAGAAAACAGAGAACCUCUGGGAACUCAGAAAUCAUUUCGUGAAGGUGCCUGGGCGAUACUUCCCAUUAGAUAUGGAUUACGGGGCUGAAGAUACCACAGCGUCUAAGGAACUAGUGAUUGACGAAAACUGUGGUUUACCUAAGGCAGUACAACAUCUUAUUAUCAAAAUAUUUGACGUCCAAGGAAUGAAGAAGACACUGCUGGAAUUUGAGCUUGACACAGAAAAGAUGCCGCUGGGAAAACUAUCCAAGAAACAAAUCAAGUCAGGAUACAAAAUUCUGUCUGAACUUAUGAAUAUCAUUGAAAGUGGAUCUACUAACCAAAGUAAAGUGAUCGAUGCGACCAACAGAUUCUUUACAUUGAUCCCGCACGACUUCGGAAUGAAGAAUGCCCCAUUGCUGGAUAAUAUGGAACUGAUCAAAACUAAAACAGCAAUGUUGGACAACUUGCUCGAGAUAGAAAUAGCCUACAGUUUGUUAACGUCAGAUUCAAAGGAACAAAAUCCCAUACCGGCUCACUAUUUGAAAUUGAAAGCUGAAAUUACACCGCUACACACUGGCUCACCUGAAUUCGAAUUGAUUAAGGAAUAUUUAACCAACACGCAUGCCCAAACACAUUCCAAUUACUCUUUGGAGAUAGAAGAGGUAUUCAAAGUGAUUCGUGAAGGAGAAGACAAACGCUAUAAACCUUUCAAGAAACUCCACAAUCGUCGCCUGCUAUGGCACGGCUCACGCAUGACUAACUUCGCGGGAAUUAUUUCUCAAGGUCUCCGCAUAGCGCCACCCGAGGCCCCAGUCACUGGCUACAUGUUCGGUAAAGGAGUGUACUUUGCGGAUAUGGUGUCGAAGUCAGCUAACUACUGUUGUACCAAUGUUAAUAAUCCCACUGGUCUCCUGCUUCUGUGUGAAGUCGCACUAGGAAACAUGAAGAAAUGCUAUAGAUCUGAAAACGUACAACUGCCACCGAAUAUGCAUUCUGCGUGGGGAGUGGGCUCCACGCAUCCAGACCCUAGCCAGGACAGAGUGCUAGAUGACGGUACCGUCGUACCACUCGGCAAGCCAAUCAAAAAUAAUGAAGUUUGUUCCUUGCUGUACAACGAAUUCAUCGUAUACGAUGUUGCACAAGUUAACGUGAAGUACUUACUGCAGGUGAACUUCAAAUACAAUUUCUAAUGCUAUUCAACCAGUUCUGGUUGUCUUAUUUUUGUAUCUUUCGGUCAUUGCCGAUUAUGUAAUACUAAAAAUCUUGUAUUUUUUUCUUCAUUAUCGCAUUUAAGUGCCUAUAAGCGAGCAUUGUGAUUUCUAGUUACCUCGUUUUAUUAAAAUCCAGCUUUAGUGACUCGAAGUCACCAAAAUGUUAUUACAUUCUAAUUACAGUUAAAUAAUGUUAACAUAUUUCCAAAGCGCCUUAUCAUAUUUGAAUUAAUAUGCUUUAUUUGUUUGUAUGAUUAUUAAUUGUUUAUGUUAUAAUAAUUCGUGAAUCCGAUGUGAUUAUGUUUUUGUUUAUUAAUUGAUUAAGUCAUUAACGCUGUAGUGAUAGCAAUGUGAAAUUAUUUUCAUGAAAAUGUGUGUAAUCUCUGAACGUAAUUGUUAUUUAUUCAAACCACCCUACUCCUGUUCACGUUUCGCUUUCCUGUCGGAAUAACUCAAAAUGCAAUAAUUCACGUCAGUUUGCGUUAAGACAAACUGU